AAAAAAAAAAAAACUUUGACAGUUGGCAGUGUGCCGUCUGAUCUUAUCAGAAUCGAAGCCACUGGGGACUUUCCCAUUGAUUCGAUGUUGAUUCAACUCCUCACUCGGGGUUCCCAUGCUCUCUUUUGUCGUGCAUCAUUAUUUCUCUGGACCUCGUGAUCAAACCUGAUCCUCCAAUAUCAACCGUAUGAUUCUCGCUUUAUUGCUACAAUUAAAAGCUAACUCUUGACUCGGAUUAUUUAGCAAAAAUAAAAAUUCCGUUUCAAUUACAAUUUUUUACUCGAGGCUCUAUUUCCACCUAAUGGUGGGCCCUAACUCUGUUCCUACUCGCCACGUAGCGAGUUUAAGGACGUACUUUAGAUUCAUGCGAUAUAGACUUACUCGAAUCCAAUACAUACUUGUGCUUUGUAUAUGAUGACCUAACACCCAAUCAGCUUCUUCCCUACUGCCAUGCCAGCUUUUGAAACAUUCAUUGCAGUGACACCUCAUUUAAUUAUUGUUGGCGCAGGGAAUUUCAAGAGAGUAGCCCGACAGCGAAGCUAUGUUCUUAUUUGUUUGUCUGGGCUUCUAGACCCGCAACACCAUCAUAUCAGCGUGGCAUAGGUAAAUCAAAGGACAGGUGGCGUUGCAAGAAAAAGAAAGUGAGGACGACUCGUAAUCCAUGACUUUUUUUCUUUUAUUUUAUUUUUCCAGUUUUUUCUAAAUUCGUAUAAUUUCACUGGGGAUUCGUGUGUCAUCGACUCAAUUUUAUUCACACGUGUCGCAUUUCUUUUAAGGCUUCCCUCUUCUUUUUAUCUCAUUCUCUUUCUGUUCUCUCUUUCUUCUCUGUCACUCCACAUGGAACCUCUACCAGAAGAACAAGAGGAACAACGAUUCCACCGAGUCGACUCGCUACCUGAACCGGGCCUGACUUCGGCUAGUUCAAGCCAAUCCUCGAUUCCCAGUGCGGAGGAUUCUAGAAGCACGACGAGUUCGGGUGAUAUCUCCGGCGCUAGCGGGAGUUCCAGUGAGAUUUUAACAGCGGAGGCUGUGGUUCUGAGGUUGCUCGAGCCUGCACCUACUGGUCAGGAGUUGGAUUUGACGGUAACGGCGAGAAAGAAUUGCGUUGGGAUGAAUAAUAAGGGAGUGACAUGGGGGUUCACUUCGGUGAUUGGGAGACGGAGAGAGAUGGAAGAUGCUAUCGCCGUUAUACCGGCGUUCAUGUCACACAAGUGCGAUCACGUGGGAGGUUGUACGGCUCAUGGUUCUAGAACCUCCGCUGAAAUCUCCCCUAUCCAUUUCUUCGGCGUCUAUGAUGGCCACGGUGGCUCACGGGUGGCUAAAUUUUGUGCUGAGAGGAUGCAUGGAGUGUUAGCAGAGGAAUGGGACCGUGAAGUGGUUGGGAGCUCAGGGUGGCAGAGGAGAUGGGAAGUGGCAUUUUCCAGUAGUUUUGAGAGGGCUGACAAUGAAGUCCUGACUGCAGCAGUUGCACCAGAAAUGGUGGGAUCAACCGCUGUUGUUGUAGUUUUAUCUGGUUGCCAGAUUAUUACAUCGAAUUGUGGUGAUUCGAGGACUGUGCUUUGCCGGGGAACUGAAACAAUUCCGUUAACUGUUGAUCAGAAGCCAGAUAGGCAGGACGAGCUCCUGAGAAUUGAAAGAGAGGGAGGGAGAGUCAUAAACUGGAAUGGUGCUAGGGUCUUUGGAGUUCUUGCAAUGUCCAGAGCCAUAGGAUUUAGCAUGAGUAGAUGGCAAUUGAAGAAAGUUAUAGUUAUUCUUUUGUUAGCAGGUGAAAAAUCUAGAUGCUAUUAUUUUCUGUAAUCUGAUGAGAAAUCACUUUAUUGUCAGUGUAAUUUGUAACUGACGCCUAUCUACAGAGUGGCUAGCCUUAAUGCUGUUAAAACUCUCAAAUUGUCACCAAUACCAUUUCUAAAGACUAGAUUGGUGUUAAAAUGUAAAACUUGAAAGCAUAGCUAGUCUACUGAUCAAAAUUUAAAACUGUCACCAUUUGUAAAGACGAGUCUUCUGUUAUUUUUUAAUUUUUUUUGGAGAAAAGAAAAUAGUGUUGUUGUUGUUGUUAGCUAUUCUUAAUGCUAUUAUAUGGUUAAUACGGUUUUAUUGUCAGCCUUGUCCUGCUUUCACCGUAGCUGGAGGUCUUUGACUAGUUUAAGGACACAUUGUCCUGCUUCACCAGUCGAAAAAGCUUUCAUUAUGAUUAUCCUUCUUUCGAGAUAAUAAAACUAUAAUUUUGAAUAAUCAAAUAUCUUUAGUGACUUAUAAUGUGUGAUUGAACUACCAAUACUAAUCUCUGUCCCACUCUUAGUCCAAUACAUUGACUUCCUCCACCUAGGCAAAGAAUUUUUUGCCUUUGAUUUGUGAUAAAAACCAUAUGUUGAUAAAAUAUUCUCGUUACCAUAUGCUUAUCAAAGCCUUCAUUCUACAUUCGCUCAGCAUUUUCUAAAAAAGUUGGCUGGAAUUUGGUUAGCCGAAACAGAAGGCAAUGGCUCUAUCUUUGAGUUUCUGAAAUAUAAAAUUUGUGAACUCUAAUUAUAAACACAUAGGUUUUCGACAGGAAAGUGGCAGUCUGCUUAGUUAAAUAUGUCCAUUCAUUUUUGUUCAUAUACAACAGAUAUUAAAAGUGGUCACUGGUUGGCACAAUAUACAGAUCAUCACAUAGUUGAAAUUUUAACUGAUUAUGGUUUGGAGAGGGGAGGUUGUUAAAAAAUAAAAUCAUUUGUAAUUGAUUUACUAAAAACAGUAAUACCCCCAUGACACCAUAAUACAAUUAAGGACCCAUAGGAACUGGGAAUUCAGAUCUUGGUAUCAAGUCAAGCUUGGGUUGUAGAUUAGCACUAGCAACUUUCAACAUUUGGUUUCAAUAUAGCUUCUCAUAAACUAUCAUGAUUUUGUAAAUCACAUUAGUGUUGAAAGUUAUCAUUAUGUUUGCGAUUGUAGUUAGAAGCAAGAAAAAGACAGGGAAUCCAAUUCAAUGUAGGAAUAUUAGUUCUUCUUACUGUGUCUAUGACCAUAAGUAGCGGGUAAUGUGGGGCUGGGGGUGAGGUUUCUGUUUUGUAUUGCUUCUGAGUGCUGAUAUUUUUAAGAACCCAUUGCGGCUGAAAUAAUACUGGAAAGACAAUGGUAAACAAAAAAAUGAUAAUUCAGCUUCUUUAGUCAUCCUUAUGAUUCUUAAUG